AUGGCGGAAGCGGGAAAAGCCGCCACAAGCCUCGGUGUUCUGCAGAGAGACACAACUGAGUGGCCUUUGCAGCGCUAUGGCCGCUUCAUGCUUUCCGGGACCGGAGCGCAGUCCGGGUCUGGCCCUGACACUGGGGCAGCGCCCUCUCCUACAUGGAAGGUUUUUGAUUCCGAUGAAGAAUCUGGAUAUCUUGUUCUCACCAUAGUUGUAUCAGGCCACUUCUUCAUUUCUCAAGGACAGACACUACUGGAAGGGUUUUCACUCAUCGACAGCAAGAACUGGUUGAAGAUUGUAAGACGCGUGGACUGUUUGUUGUUUGGAACAACAAUCAAGAACAAGAGCCGCAUGUUCCGUGUACAGUUCGCUGGAGAAUCCAAGGAACAGGCCCUGGAACACUGCUGUAGUUGCGUGCAGAGCCUGGCCCGUUACGUAACUGUCGAGGUGCCGGACAGCAUGACCCAGCUGAGUCCUGGCCUGCUGUGGGCAGGUGACCGCCAAAGGAAGGACAGUACACAGAGUGUCGCACUGGAGCCUGGGCCCUCCCAGGACCCGAAACGGGGGACACAUGUGGCUGCUGGCAUUGGAACUUCAGAGGGAAGGACCUCGGUGACACAAUUAGCACAGUCUAUCCUGGUAUCACAGGAGCUGCCCUUUGCCUAUGAACAAUCCGUAUGGAGUGUGGAAGAAUUGGGCCCCUUCCUGCGCCUGUGCCUUAUGGACCAAAACUUCCCAGCAUUUGUGGAAAAAGUUGAAAAUGAACUUAAAAAGCUGACAGGAAUGAGAAAUUAA